GGGAUACUCCUUUAAUUCUGCCAACUGCACAACAUUAAAUGUCUCAUUUAAUCUGCUGGCUUUCUUCUGCAGAGGGAUGCUGUAGUGUCUGAUUUGUAUAGCGGAGAGUGAGCUCACCAUAUGCACUGAUCACAGGAUGCAAUGUGCCACUCUAACGUCCACAUGAAAGCUGCGGCUCCACUCCACUCCACAGCAAGGAAGCCUGAGGAUUGAUGACUUUAUCUGAGAGCGGGAACUGGCUUCUCCUGCGGCGCAUAAAUCUCUAACUUGCAGAAUCCCGAGCGUCAUUUUUCUGGAGGAACAUUUUGGUGCAGGGGAGCCAGAGGAUACUACUACUGCUGCUUGCAUUUGCACAAAGAAGCGUUCAGCGCGUCCGGUUGGAUUUUAAGCUGCAGUCCACUUCCCAACCAACUGCAUUGGCACAACUGUGUGAGAAAAUGUAUCCAUCAUGAAACAAUGCGCCGGCAGCUUUUCUUAUGAACUCUUCCAGUGGAUCUGCAGAUUCCCUUCCACAAGUGGAGCGUUUUUCUGCCUUUCCGCUCAAAAAUCACUUCACAAGUACAAUGGGACAACGUGGUGGGCUAAGUGGAGGGAAUGUUGCCUAUAGAAGUGUAGUGAGAGUGCAGGGCAGUGACUUCCAGAGGACAACUGCAGACGAGUGAAUGCCGUCUCCGAUGUGGAGCUUGUCGCUGUCCGACGCGCGCGUGGUGCUGAAAUUUGGAUGAUGCCUGGCCAGCGACUGCAAGGCUGCCGCUCCCUGCACCUCAACGAGGACAACGGCCGCUUCGUGCUGCUCGCCGUCCUCAUCAUACUGUACCUGCUGUGCGGCGCUGCGGUCUUCUCGGCCAUAGAGAGGCCUUCGGAGCUGCGGGCUCACGGCCGCUGGAACGGGACGCUCCACAACUUCAGUGAGACCUUCAACAUCAGCCUGCAGGACCUCAACUCCUUCCUGCGGGAGUACGAGGCUGCCAUCGCCGCCGGGAUCCGGGCUGAUGCUCUGAGGCCACGAUGGGAUUUUACAGGGGCUUUUUAUUUUGUUGGAACUGUGGUGUCGACUAUAGGUUUUGGGAUGACAACGCCCGUGACAGUUGCAGGCAAGGUGUUCCUGAUCUUUUAUGGGCUUCUGGGCUGUGCUGCCACCAUCCUUUUCUUUAACCUCUUCCUGGAGCGCAUCAUCACUCUGCUGGCCGUGGUGAUGAAGGCCGUGAGAGAGCGACGAAUCAGGAACAGUGGUCUACUCCCUCCAGGCAUCCGCCAUGACUUCUCAGCAUACUCCCUCCCCGGCUGGAAGCCCUCGGUGUACCAUGUGAUGCUGAUUCUUGGCCUGUCAGCCAUCACUAUCUCCUGCUGCGCGUCAGCCAUGUACACCCCCGUGGAGGGCUGGGCGUACUUAGACUCCCUCUACUUCUGCUUUGUCACCUUCAGCACCAUCGGCUUUGGGGAUUAUGUCAGCAGCCAGAGCGCGGCUUACGAAUACCAAAGCCUCUACAGGGUGGCCAACUUCCUCUUCAUGCUAAUGGGAGUGUGCUGCAUCUACUCGCUCUUCAAUGUCAUCUCGAUUGUCAUCAAGCAGGUGCUCAACUGGAUUCUGGAGAAAAUGAGCUGCUUGUUUUGCCAGCGCUGCAAUAAGGCAAGCGCCCUCCUGGGCAGACGCAAUGCCAUCCGCCCGGGCUUUAAAGGUCGCCAGGGUCGGCCUGGCCAGCCGCCAGACUCAGAUGGACCAUGUGAUAGUGAUACCGAGGGGCGCAGACUAUCAGGGGAAAUGAUCUCUAUGAAAGACUUGGCAGCUUCUAACAAGGUGUCGCUGGCCAUCAUGCAGAAGCAGCUGUCUGAGUCGGCCAAUGGAUACCCCAGGACAGUCUGUGGCAGCUCACGCCAUAAUGGUUUCUCUGGGGGGGUUGGCGCCCUCGGUAUCAUGAACAACAGGCUGGCAGAGACGAGUAACUCCAGGUAGAGGACAGAGUGAGACAUGAAAUAUGGGAGCUCUUGAUUGUCAUACUGUGUUACAAACCCUGAGGUGGAUCGCCAUAGAAAAAAUGUCAAGGCUUUUGAGAUGGAUUGCCGGUGUAACUUUGUAUGCAUGACACAUAUGAUUUUUUGGAUACUUUUGGUUGGAAUUACAAGCCUGUGGUGACAAUACAGGUAAUGACAGUGAUGGUUUUGGUGAUGAUUUGAUAUUGAUGGCAUGAAGAGAGAACCACAGUGUCCAAAAAAAACAAACAAAACACAAGUUGAUCUGGAAGCAUGGGGAUCACCCAUCACCCAUUACAUUAACCUCAAACCCAACCCAGAACAAAUCACUGAAACGACAGUGUUAGUCUGCAGAGGUCUGCUAUAUAUGCUCAAUAUAUCAGCCUUAUACAGCUGUAAUGUUGUGCUGUAAAGAAGCCAAGGGAAGCAUACAGUGCAGUCUUUCGCCAGUUUAGUUGAAUGUACAUACUGAAUGCUGAUAUACAAAAGACAAGUGUAAUCACUGAAUGACAUAGCACAUACUGAUCUAUGCAUUAUACUUCUCAUGCAUUUUUUGCACCAUUACUAGACCUUCCAUUGAUUGUGCGAACCCCAUUUCUUUCUUGGCACACGUCAAGUUUUACCCUCAGGUGAUUGAUGUAAUGUCUGGGGGCGAGUGUGUGGGUUUAGCUAAGCAUGGCUGUGAUGUAGCUGAUUUCGACGGGGCUGUAGCGAGGGGCGGUUUUUACAGUGUGCCACACUAACGGGCUGUAAAGAGUAAUUUCCCAUUGCUCGAGAUGGAGAAAAGAGCAGAGUUGAAGAAUGAAAAUCCAUUUCUCGUGAGAGAGGGACUGGCCUCCUUAUCAGCCCAGAAAAUGCUUCAGUGGCCAAAGACUUUGACUUGAAGGGUAAAAGAAGGCACCACCCAACUCUUUCUCUCCCCUCUUUUUCAAGCGCACAGCUGUCUGCAAGGAAAAC